ACAUGAAUAUUAUCUAUAUUUUGACUAUGUUUCACCUACGGAUUCAUUGUUAUUUGAUGUAUUUCCUUACAUUUUGGCCAUGUUAAGCUCCCUAGUUCUUGUUUACUGCUCUAUUUAUAUAUUGUGUAGGAAUUACUGGAGCUUAGCACGGAUUCGGAGUCAAGAAGGAGUCAAGGAAUGCAUGAAAAGUGGCUACACGUUCACCCAGUGUUAAACAACACAGGCGUGUUGGUUAUAGAAGAUAAGCCCAGAAAGCAGAGUGAAACAGAAUUAAACACGGCCUGGUCAUGUCGAUCUGCACAGCCGUGUUGGAUGACAGCAGUCAGUUAUCUUGCGAUCUGGAGCAUUAUUUGAACUUAUCUUUCAACACGUCUUUGCAAGAGGAUAAAAAGGAGACGUCCUGAAGCAUCAGGGAGGACCUGGAAGCUAGAGAUCUGGAUUUUUCUUUCUUCUUCUUCUCUUCUUCUCUCUAUAAAAACUCUUAGAUUAGGUUUUUCUUUUGCAUUGGGAAUCUGCUGUUUGUGGAGAAUUGUGUGCAACUUCGACACUACGGCACCCUUGUAUGCCCAGAUCCUUACGACUUGGAGAACCAAUCGAGUGUGAUCCCGAGAUUGAAAGGACCUUGCGUCAUAUUAGGAAGAAGGCACGAGAAACAAAGGAUAAUUUGAAAAGCAAAAACACCAUGGGAGACCAAGAAAACCAAGGCAAUCAAGACCGAUCCUUGAAGGAGUUUGCAUCACCAACCACCCAUAGCUCCCAAUCUAGCAUCUUGAAGCCUAAUGUUGCUGCCAACAAUUUCGAACUCAAGCCCUCACUCCUCUCCAUAGUUCAGCAAAACCAAUUUGGAGGCACUCCAACCGAAGACCCAAACCUCCACAUCUCAAUCUUUCUGGAGUAUUGUGACACAUUGAAGAUGAAUGGAGUGUCGGAUGAUGCAAUCAAGCUAAGGUUGUUUCCCUUCUCACUAAGAGACAAGGCAAGGGCUUGGCUGCAAUCACUUCCACCGGGCUCCAUCACUACAUGGGACCAACUCUCAGAAGCGUUCCUUGCUAAGUACUUCCCUCCGAGCAAAACAGCCCAAUUGAGAAAUCAGAUAACAACCUUCACUCAAAAAGAAGGGGAGUCAUUGUAUGAUGCAUGGGAGAGGUACAAGGAUCUUCUAAGGAUGUGUCCACAUCACGGGUUGGAGGAUUGGCUCAUAAUUCACACUUUCUACAACGGUCUUCUCUACAACACAAGGAUGACCGUGGAUGCUGCAGCGGGUGGUGCAUUGAUGAACAAAAGUGUACGAGAUGCAAAACAACUCAUAGAGGAUAUGGCACAGAAUCAUUUCCAGUGGUCAGGUGAGCGCUCUUUACCCAAAAAGAGCGGGAGGUAUGAUGUAGAUGCAUUAGACCACAUUGCUUCUAGAGUAGAUGCUUUAUUUCAAAAAUUUGACAAGAUGAGCAUGAAUUCAGUAGCAUCUAACUCUACUAACUGUGAAAUAUGUGGUAUCAUUGGACAUUCUGCUGUGGAAUGUCAGAUUGGAAACUCCCCUUCCCCUGAUGCACCAUUAUCUGAACAUGUUAAUUAUAUGAAUAAUUUUAAUCAGAAAGGGGACCCUUUUCUAAUACAUACAACCCGGGGUGGAGAAAUCAUCCUAAUUUAUCCUAUAAAAAUCCACCCCUGA